AUGAAUUAUACAUCAAAAUUAUUAAAACACAUCAGAUGUUUAGAAUUCUUUAGUGGAAUAGGCGGCCUUCAUUAUUCUCUUAAUCUUGCAUGUUCUCUUGGAGAAGUUGUUGCUAGCUUUGACAUAAAUAUUAUAGCUAAUGCUACAUACAAACAUAAUUUUGGAAAAAAUCCAGUGACGAAAGGAAUCGAUUUCUUAAGCGCUGAUGAUAUUGAGAGAUAUGAUGCAAAUUGUUGGCUAAUGAGUCCACCAUGUCAACCAUAUACGCGUGGCGGAAAAGGACUAGAUGAUCAAGAUCCGAGAGCAAAAGGGUUGCUUCAUUUGAUUGAUAUUUUGCCUAAAUUAUCUAAUCCUCCAAAUUACAUUUUUCUUGAAAAUGUGUUGAAUUUUGAGAAAUCAAAAUCUCGAGAGAAAUUGAUUACGCAAUUAUGUCAGAUGAAUUACGAAAUUCAUGAAUGUUUAUUAACUCCUUUGCAAUUUGGUAUUCCAAAUAAUCGAUUGAGAUACUAUCUAAUUGCACGAAAAUUACAAGAGUUUAACAAACAGGAGAAAGUGAUUACGCCACAGAAAUAUUUUGAACAAGCAACUAUACAUACGUCUUGGCCAUUUGAAUGUAUGUUGGAUAGCAAGGAAAAUGACAAAUGUCAUCAUUGGAAAAGGCAACAGGGUUGGCAACUUUCAGAAUUCGAUAUUCCCGAGUUGAGUAAUUAUAUCGACAAUAUCCUGGAUGAAAAAGAAUUAAAUAAAUAUCUAGUUCCUGAAAAGUAUAUUUUAAAAAGUUAUAAUUUUAAAUUUGGUGCGUAUAAACAACUUGAACAAUUUAACACAUUAAUAGGUUCUUACAGCAUAAAACUCUCUUUUACAGAUAUUGUAAGGCCAACCGAUAAAAGAUGUUCAUGUUUUACAAAAUCUUAUGGUAGUCAUCAUGUAUUUGGAAGUGGUUCGCUUAUACAAACCAAAAAUUUAGAGUUUACAGAUUACAAUUUUGAAAAUCCCAAAUCAUUACUUGAACUUGGAUUAAGAUUUUUUACACCAACAGAAAUUGCAAAAUUACAUGCAUUUCCUUUAAAGUCUCACUUGUCAUCACAUUCAAAUAGAAAAAAUGAAAAUGUAAUUGAUUCUAUUAAUAACUAUACUCCAAAUUUGUAUAAUUGUUUUGAAUUAAUGCAAACAUCAAAUUAUUUGGAAUUCCCCGACGAUGUUAGUAUAAUUCAGAAAUAUAGAUUAUUGGGAAAUAGUUUAAAU